UGAGGCGAAAUAUAACAUGUAUUCGGGAACUCUCGUUUCCCGUGUUUAGGCUUAGAACUCGGCCCUGCUCGGGCCCUAAAGCGUAUGUGAACUACAGGCGCGCGAUUACUUCGAGGAAACAGUAAGAUAUUAGCUUGUGUAAAUAAUCAUUCCUCUGCGAAGACAUCAGAUGCCUUGUUUUUAUACCACUGUCUGUGAUAUUCCUGGACUUGGGUGCAUUGGACGCUACAAGGGUCGGCCUUUUAGGCCUAGUGGCUCAAGUGAACGACUUACCAAUCCACUUCGUAACUACGAAGUUGCAAUAGUUGUAACAUAAUAUAAAUAUUAAUAAGACAUUAUAUAUAUACACAAAAGGAUACCUUUAUACAAGGAACUGAUCACCUUUGAAGUUGUGCAACCGAUUUAAGACAGACUACUGGAAACCCAGUGAACAAUCAUGAGUGGCGAUACCAAGCGGAAAAAUAAAAACAGCACAAGACCGGCAAGGUCGAAAGGUGUUCAGGAGAGAAAGUAUGAGGGGAUUUAUAGCAAUGCAAGAUUUGUUCAUAUUGCUGCCUCUCUUGUGGGCCAAGUCGUCCAAGUUCAAGUUCGGGACGGAGACGUUUUUGAAGGAGUGUUUCGGACUUUCUCCCCAGAGCUGGAGAUUGUGCUGGAAAUGGCUCAUCCAAUCGACCGCAGCCUGGCAGGCCUGGGAUCCUCCAUUACCACGUUGCUGUCCUCUCUCAACAAUAGCCACACCAUAGUGGGUCUCAUGAUCUUCCGCCUGCACGACGUGGUCACGUUGUCGGCCGUCAACACGGACCUGGACUUUGCCAUCCGUGACAGUUUCACGGACACAGCCAUAAGUAAAUUCAAUGGCCAGGCCGUGGAGAAACCCCUCGAGCCCUGGCUGGACGGAGGAAUGGACGGAGAUGGGUUGCCUGUGCUGGACGACGGAGCAGAAGGCGACGAAACGCAGAACGGCUGGGAUGCCAAUGAGAUGUUCAAGACCAAUGCAGAGAAGUACGGCGUCACGACAUCGUACAACAGUGAUCUGUCCGGCUACACCGUGAAGCUGGAGCCCAAGAACACGGACGAGUACAAGUUGCAGGAAGCGAAGGCGAGCAAGAUAGCGCAGGAAAUCGAGAGUAAUCCAUUGUGCAAGAAGCGAGCAGACCAGGAGAACGGAGAUGAAGAAGAGAGAUUCAGUGCUGUCGUACGUCCAGCUGAAUCCACACCGCAGGGCAACAGUAGGUUUGUUCGUCGGAAGCCCCCGAGUGGAACCAAGCCUGUGAGGGGUACUCCACCACCAAUGCAGCAGCAGCAGCAACAGCAGCAGCAACAGCAGGUCGUGCGCUCCACUGCCCCUCAGUACAAGAGCUCCCCCGGAGGGCCCCAGGGGGGUUGCCCAUCCCCUGCAUUGGCAACCAAGUCCAGCCCUGCCCCUCCAAUGAGUGGUGGACCUCACCAUGGAACAAAACACCCCCCGUUGUUGCCUUCCUACCACGAAGCGGAACAACAACCUCCCCCUCCUCCUCCUCGCAUGAAUGGAGCUCCCAAAGUGGAAAAAGAUGCAACUCCCGUGCCUGUCAUGAAUGUAGAUAACAAGGUCUUGGAAGAAGGAAGCAUGGAGCAACCAGAGCACAGGGUGGGAGAGAAGCCCGACAGCAGGAAGGGCGCUGUACAGAAAGGGAGGGUGGAGGAGAUUGAAGAGCUCAAGAAGUUCAGCACAAGUUUUAAAUUAUCGGAAGAGAACAAGGAGAACAAGGAACACAGCGAAGAGUCUCUCAUGCUGGAAGCGGACAAGGAGAAGGAAAAAUCUGAACUGGACUCUGGAAAAGAGGACGCCGAAAAACUGGUCAAAAAGUCUACCCUUAACCCAAAUGCCAAGGAGUUUGUGCUCAACCCAAAUGCAAAGUCCUUCACUCCGAGGACGCUUCUCCCCUUAACAAGUCCUCCAGCACGGAUGCCACAGACGACGAGUCCUAUGGUGGCGCCCCCUCAGCAGCUGGUGCCCGGGCAACACAUCAUUACUAUGGCUCCCCAGUACUUGAUGCAGGCAACCCCAGUCAGCAUGGCCCAGUUUGCUCCCACGCAGGGGCCACGUUUCCGCAAGGGCGCACAAACCUGGGCAGAUUCACGUUUUGUACCCCUCAUGCACACAACGGCUGGCAGGCAGGACCUCCCAACGUCUGUGCAUGUGACAGGACAGCCCAUCCUGGCCCCUGCAGCACUACCCACCCCUACUCAAUUGAUGGUGCAGUAUGCUCCAGCACAGGGCAUGAUGCACGCUUCCGGUCAUCCGCAGGCUGCAGUUGCCUACCCACAGAUGUACCAGAUGGUUGGCCAUCGUGUGAUGUCUCCUCAGCCUGUAGGCAUGGUUACUCCUGGAGCCUCCUAUGGUGACGGUUCCCACCUACCAGCCCAGGUUUACAUGUCCCAUCCCGCAGUGUUGCCCCAGGGCGCAGGAACCCCUCACUCAAACCCUCCAACGCCAGGAGGUGGCGGUAGCGGGGGCACUCCAGGUAGCACACCCAGCCAGGCACCUACACCACCUGUGGUGUAUCACGCAGCACAAGGUCCCCCCCAGGGCGGGGGCGGCCCACCCCCUCAGCCGGUAGUCUUGAUGCCCCCGCCACACUCCGGGGCGAACACCCCUCCUCACCUCCUGCCGCAUGGACCCAUGGUGCCUCCACAGAUGGCCACCACGCACUUCGUCCAUCAUCAAGUGUUGCCCAGGCUGUUCCCACCAGGUAAUGCCCGAUGCGAGUAGCUCGCAUUUCCCCAUGAAUUAGCAGCAUUUCAGGUGUCUGAGACAGCCUGCCAUAGGCAAAGAAUUUAGGUAAAAAGAAAGAAAUAGGCCCUAAUAGACACGGACAGCCUCAAACUAGUGCAGCCAACUUAUAAUGGGGGAUGGGGAGGGGUUAUGACAGGCAAAACGUGAUUUGAGGUCCUUAAAAAAGAAGAAAUUGGUUCCAUAUACUUCAUCAAGCAAGCACGUCCCCCUGCCUCUUGUGCAAGUUUGCGGAAGCCACUGCUCAGUGGAACCUUAUGCUCUUGUGGCAGGUGCACAGGGGAGAAAAAAAAAAAAAAAAAUUGAAAUGGCCAAAUGCAGUUCUGUACUGGACUCCUCCAUGUAGGCUUACUGAAGAAAUGAAAUUAUUAGUAAAAUGCA